AUGGACUGCGCAUCCGUGCAGGACGACGACGCUGCCUGGCUGCAGCAGCUAGGCGUGCCGCGCCUGGAGGACGCCUUCAUCCAGAAGUACCUCGACGGCCGCGACAAGCUCGUCCAAGAGGAAAAGAAACAGCGAAGCGACCGCUUCUUCCGCGACAGUCUGUCGCCCACGGCCUUCGAGGCCUGCUCCAUUGUCGAUCAGAUUCGCUUCGAAGAGCAGCAGACCCUAUGGACCAAGGACUACGAGAACACCUUGCUCGACGACGGCGAUGUCUUCCCCGGCAUGAUGUUCUCGCUCGCCAAGGAGCGCAUGGAGAGGAGCAAGCUGUGGCAGAUUGUGCGCCGCAUGCCCAAGGGCGCUCUGCUGCACUGCCAUCUGGAGGCCAUGGUCGAGCUGGACUGGAUGCUCGACGAGGCCUUCAGCCUGGACGGUAUCCACGUUUGGUCCGACCAGAGUCUUUCCGACGAAGCCAGCCGUGCCAAGGCCCCGUUUUUCUUUACCUACACCAAGCUUUCCAAAGAGGGACGCGCCUCCAUAUGGUCGGGCUCUUACGAACCGAAGACGCCGAUUCCACUAGAAGCUGCUGCCGACUCCUUCCCCAAUGGUGGCCGCGACGGCUUCAGGGAAUGGGUCAAAAAGCGGACGAUGAUCACCUCUGACGAAUGCUUGAAGCAUCAUUACGGCGUCAAUGAUGUAUGGCGGAAGUUUGCAUCAUGUUUCCCCAUCCUUGCGAGUCUGAUCUUCUAUGAACCCUUUUUCCGCCGGUAUAUACGGAAGAUGCUCCAAAACCUCUAUGCCGACGGUGUGCGGUGGGUAGACGUGCGAGCCGUUUUUGUCAAUCCCUGGCGGCCCGAGAGAUCCGAGGAGGUUGCGCCCAACCACGACGGGUUUUUCGAGGCGUUUGGUGAGGAAGUGGAGAAGUUCAAGGCUUCGGACGAGGGCAAGGGCUUCUGGGGUGCCCGGUUCAUUUGGACUACUCCCAGAGUUCUUAACAAACGCCGCAUUGUUGAGAGCAUGAAGUGUUGUGUUGAGAGUAAGGUCAAAUUUCCUGAACUGAUUGGAGGCUACGAUCUGGUAGGCCAAGAGGAUACCGGACGACCGCUUCAGGACCUCCUUCCUGAACUGUUCUGGUUCAAGAAGCGCUGUAUGGAAUCUGGUGUGGAUGUGCCAUUCUUCUUCCAUGCUGGCGAGACGCUAGGAGACGGCGAUACCACCGACGAAAACUUGUUCGACGCGGUCCUGCUCGGUACAAGACGGAUCGGCCACGGGUUCUCGCUUUUCAAGCAUCCACUUCUCAUCGACAUGAUCAAGCAAAAGAAGAUUCUGAUUGAGAGCUGUCCCGUGUCCAACGAGGUGCUCCGCUUGACCGGUUCCAUCAUGUCACACCCGCUGCCGGCUCUCCUCGCGCGUGGCGUGAACGUUUCCCUUUGCAACGAUGACCCGUCGAUCUUGGGCCAAGGAACUAGCGGGAUGACGCACGAUUUCUGGCAGGCGCUUCAGGGCUGGGAGAACCUCGGACUUGCCGGCCUCGGAUCGUUGGCGGAGAAUAGCGUGAGGUGGGCCAACUUUGAGGACUGCUCUCAGAAAGAGUGGCAAGAGGAUAUCAAAGUCGGUGCUCUUGGAAGUGGCGUGCGAGCACAGAGGCUGAAAGAGUGGAUUGCAUCAUGGGAAAAGUUCUGUCUGUGGAUUGUGCAGGAGUUUGGCGUUGAUGAGGACCUCAGUCCUGAGGAGUGA